AUGCUGCGCAGUAGUAGUCAUUACAUCAUUUAUCUCUCCAAUAUAUUCGUUAUAUUUACUUACAGUAAGUCGCUAAAUGACAAGCCAAAAUUUAGUCCUUUAACACCAUAUCAAACUGAGGAUUCAAUACCACCGCCAGCCUACGGUAUAUUUGCAACUCAGAAGAAUGCUAAGAAUUUGCAAGAUUCUCUACAAUUUAACAAAAAUACUUCAUUAUAUGCGAAAAAUUCCUUAAAUAUGAACACUGCGACGCUACUUCCAAAACAGUCUCGAACUUUUCCUGAAUCAGUGAUACAACAGUCUCGAACUUUUCCUGAAUCAGUGACACAACAGUCUCGAAAUUGGAAGUUAUCGCCAGGUGCUAAGCUAAUUGGUUAUAACAUACAAAUGAUUGCUGGUUAUAUUCCGACAAUUUCGUUCUUUGAUGAUAAGCUAAACAAGGACAAAAAGGAUAAGGUUGAAGAAGAUUCAUCAGGAUUUCUGAUCAGUAUGGAGAAUAAUCCUUCAGGUUACAAUAUGGCUAAUCAGACUUAUUUAAGAAGUGCUAGAAAUAAUUCAAUUGCUGUGCAGGCUGAUUGGGUUGAUGCAGAUGAUGAAUUGAUUGAGAAAAAGUCAAAAUUGAACACAAAUGUAACUUUGGAAUCAGAAAAAUUUCUUGAAGAAAGCCAAGAAUCCAAUGGUACAAGUACUGUAGAUAGUUUCUUAGAUCUUGAUAACAUCUUAUGGCCUCUUUCUGCUGCAAAAUUAGACGAAGACACUAUCGAAAUGAUGAACAGUAAUAUGAAAGCAGUAACUUCCUCAUCUAUUCCGUCUAUCAAAAUUGAUUCUAAUAUGACAGAAGACAUCAAAUCCAACCACGAGAAUGUUAAAAAUCAAUUAGAAAACGCUUCAAAUAGUUCAUUUAUGAUGAGUCAUCAUAAGAUUGCAAAUGGUAAUACAGAGAAGGCAUCUGAAGACGUUAAGAUUGAAAAUUCGAUCAAUCCAUCUAACGUAAUAAAAAAAGUUGGGUUUGAAGACUUAGAAAAUAUAAAUUCCUUAAUAAAACACACAAAUGAAAGUCAAAAGAGAAAUAGUGAUUCAGAAAUACCUGAGGUUCGAGGAUUUUUAAUGCCAAAAACAGAGGUUAUUUUCCCUCCAGAACCCAUUUUAGCUUUUCAAAAAAUGAAAAAUGGUGAUACGCAAAAGGAAUUCAAUCAUACAACAUUAUUAUCAAUGAAUUCUCAAGAAAUUGAAAAUUCUGAAAAACUUUCAGUUAGUUCAGUACCAGUAACUUUACCAAUCAUAUCAGGUGAUAUAAUACUUGCAGAAGUUGUCCAGAAAAAUCAUUCACGUACUAAUCAUUCACGUACUAAGAUUCCUACUACAGAGGAAACAAAACAAAAACUACACGAUUUGCUGCAAUCUGUACAUAUUUAUUCAAUAAAUUCUACUGAAGUAGCAAACUUGACGUUAACAACACAGCCUACUUUGAUUACUAAUACUAUAGAUUCAACAACAGUGCUUAGUGUGGAUUCUGCUGAAUUUGCUGAUGAAGACUACGAUAAAGCAAUACAAGACUUAAUUAUUAGUACUAAUUAUUCUUCCACUUAUAUACCUUCUAUAAUGAAUUUGAAAAAUAGUGAAAUUAAUACUAAAAUUGAUAAACUGAAUAAAUUUACAGAAAUUAAUGAUGAUGAUAAACGAUUUGAUAGUAAUAGAGAUAGUAAUGAAGUACCGAAGAGAAAAUUGUCGCCUAAAAUAGAAGGCAGCUAUGAAUAUGAAGAAAAUGAAAAUGAUAAGAAUGAUGAUGACAAUGAUAAAUUUGAAGAUGGCAUUGAAAAUGGAAAUGACGAAGAUGCUGUUGAUGAUGAUGAAAAUGAUGCAACAGAAUCAUUACCUCAUCAAUAUGGUAAACUAGAUGCACCGAUUUCUUUUCCAGAAGGUAUUCCAAGUUUUCAAGAAUGGUUAUCUAAAUUGCCAAUACAAGUUGCUUUUCCAUUUCCUGCUAAAAAUACUGUACUUAAAAAAGAUUUACAAAGAAAUAAGCCCAUUUUGUUUGGAAAAUUAUCAGAAGGACGUAAAAAAGAAAAAAAUAAAAGUGAAAUAAUUAUAAGCAAUCAAAAUAACAAACAAUAUUCAAGCAAAAAUUUAAGUAAAAAUAAACAAAUGAAUAAUUAUGCAAAUUCUGUAGAACGUGAAUUAUUUUUGCAUAAUUUGAAGCCAAAAUUUACACUAUCACAAAAUGUACCAUAUUCUUUAGAAAAAAAUAAUUAA